AUGGAGGAGUUCUUUGGCGAAGUCAGCAUGACUGCCAGCAAACGACCAAUGGAGGACGACUUCUCCAAUCGAACCAAGCAUCGACGUCCGGGACACAAAGGAGGCAAGGGUGCAGGCUCAAGCAACGGUUCAAAGGGCCACCACAAGGAUACUACAAACUCCUCGCUGAUGGAGACAGAAGACAUGGAGGAGGCCUUUCGUCUGGCCUGUCGUCUUCUCUUGCAAAACACGGACUCCAUACAUGUCCUUCGUCAGGACACGGCAAUAGUCUGGUUUGCUCGAACAUCCCAGCCGACGGUGGUUCCAACGCUGUUCGCAGCUGCCACGAAGUGGAAAGACGAUGCCAACCGAGAGCAACCGAGUGCGGUAGGCCGACUUCCGCUCAGGGAAGUUCUCUUCAUGACGAUGAUACACACCUUGCUCAAGGAGCUCAGGGAGGUCGAAAAGGACGAGGAGCUUCGCGCAAAGUACCAGUUCUCGGGUUGGUUGGACAAGGAGUGCCGUUGGGUGUUUCAGAAGUGGGAUCCGGAUACCCGCACCCUACUCGUCGACACAAACCGUCGGUCAAUCCCAAUUCCCGACAUGAUUCAGAAUGUGCAGGCCAUCUUGGACCUCAUCACUCAACACCAUGUCCUGCAUCGGUUCCACAGCACAAGGCGUUUGUCCCAGGACCUACAGGGAAUUGCAGUUCUCCUCAUGGAUGUAUCCGUGAGAGAGACCCAAGGAACUCGCUUGUUCCAGCAACUCUUGAAUCUUCAGAACAAUGCAGUGUGGCAACUCAUUGGGCUUCAGUACAAGCGCGAGGGUCUUCGUCGGUCGCCGCUGGCAGUGAAGCUCCAGGAGUGGGCAUACGGAUCCGCUCAGUGA